GAGAGCCGCAGUAGCUUUCAGUUCAGGUGUGUUUUUAUACCGGAUCGCAGGCCCUGUACGUAGUUGGCUCGCUCGGCCGAAGAGCGCGAGUAAGAGUAUAGAGCGACUAGACUGUAGCGCAGUGUCCAGUGGGCCGUCGCGCUGAUGUAGGAGCAAAGAAAACAAAAAUAGUAAAGGUGCAGUUCAUUAUUGAAGAAGUAACCGAGAUUAGUUCAUAGAUCAAGGAUCCACCUUAAUUAUUCCUUGCUAAUCGGAGUCUCAAAUUCAGCUCGCCGAAGACUGCAGCCACAGAAUCCUCGAAAACUGAGAAAAGAUGCGACUGCAGCAUCAGAUUCGAGAAGCGGAGCGAAGCGUGGCGGCGUCGUUCAUCAACGGCGGCGCAGCAUCCGAGCCUUGAGUGCCUGUGUCUGUGUGUCUGUGUGUGCGGCGCAUGCAGCUGCUGCAGCGGCGAGUCGUGGAAUACUUGAUCGCGAUCACACGAGAGGGAGAGAAGAGGAGGCGGACCUGCUGCAUACAACUGCACCAGAGAAGCUACUAUCGUCUCGCAAGUGCAGCCUACUGCAGGAGUUGGAGAAAAACUGGGGCAGUGCAGGUGCGCGAUGUGGAGGGCGACGAACCUGUUGCUCGUCCUGGCGGGCAUCGUGGGGCUGGCCCAACCUUUGAGUCUGCAACCAGGGCGAUGCACCAGCCUCUGCGAGUGCGGCACGUGGCUGGGCUUGCCCUCGGCCGUCUGCACCGGUCAGCGACUCUACAGCAUCCACACGGGUGCUCCGAGUUACAUUCAGGCUCUCGAUUUAUCCAACAAUUCCAUCAGCAAGCUCGAUGAUCGGGAAUUAUCGAAAGCGGGAAUGACCAGAUUGAAGUAUCUCAACCUGUCGAUGAAUGCCAUAGGCGAAAUCGGACUGGAAGCCUUUGUUCAUUUGAAGAACCUCACCGUUCUCGACUUGUCCUACAACCGUAUAGAUUACAUAGUUGCGGACACAUUUUAUUCUAACAAAAAGCUGAAAAUCCUUAAUCUUGCCGGUAACAAGUUCAAUCUCCACGUGCCGAAACUCCACAGCACGACGAUCACGAGCCUGAAUAUGAGUGGCUGCCGAAUCGAUUACUUGCAUGCGGACACCUUUUUGGGAUUGACGCAACUUCGCAAGCUGGAUCUGUCGAACAACUUGCUGGAAAAUCUGGACAAGGAUGUUUUGCGCGCCAUGCCCGAUCUGGAGUCAGUAGUUCUUGAAAGAAACAAAUGGUCAUGCAAUGGAGCCACCUACGAGUUGGAGCUCUAUCUGCGCGAGAAUAAGAUUCGAGCAGAACCGCUCUGUCGAAAACCAUCAUCAGUUUCCAAAAAAUUCGAAAAUAUAAUCGAGUUGAAAGCAAUUAGCAGCAGCGAAUCCCAAUCGUCGGCCAAAAAGCUGCUACCUCGAACCUCUUUUACGAGUCCAAACAACAAUAACAAGGUCUCAUGGGAUAUGACUCCAUGGCACGACCUGAUGGAGGAAGCGAUAGAAGAGCAGGAAGAACAACAGACGGCUGAUUCGGGUUCUUCGGGUAUCUUCCCCAGUACUCUUGGCAACGUUUCACCUUUCUGGUUUCUGCUGAUUGGAUUUCUCGUGGGGAGUGGCGCUACCAUGGUUGUAACAUAUCUUUGGCUUUCGACUACCAUAUCGUGCCUGAUUCCAAGGAUUCGGCGAGCCGAGGCCGCGGAUUCAGUUGAUGCCAGUUCUCAAAGGGUCUCGUUGCUCAGACAUUUGUGGCACCAGGAAAACUUGGCGAACUCAGAGGAUAGUGGUAACGGAAGCGGUGGUGGGAUUGCUACGGCUACGACUGCUCUUGUACCAACGACCGGAUCUGCGACAACGAUUCCAUGUCCAGGUACUCCUCCUCCGCCUUAUCGCGAAGUAAUGCUUCACCGGAAUCUUUAUCCCCGAGCGGCAAUGGCUGGAGCAGCCCAACAGCAAAUGUCCGGUCGAUUGCAGGCGAAUGACGUGCCGACGGCGACUCUCUACAACAUAAUAUAACGCGAGUCUUCCUUCGAGAGCGGUUCAUGCAGUAGGAAGAAGCGAUGUCUGCAUAUGACUGCGAGAGUGUUGCCAGACGGCGGCUUGCGUUUGAGUGCCUUGUACUACGUAUUAUAGGCUUUUGCGGAAACCUCUGUGCCUUUUCUUGUGCCUUAAUUAUGCGAGUAUUGCGAAUAGUUUUUUUUAAACUCUUAUUUUUUGACGAUUCAAUUAUUGCCUAGCACUGAUUGGGAUUUCAAAACAAAUCAUUAUUAUUUUAUUACCUAUAACCAUUAGGAUUCAAAGAAUUGUAUAUUUAAUGAUUGAAUUAUAGAGCAUAAGAUAGCUACUGUCGUUUGACGUAAGUAAAUGUUUUAAACGGCUUAAUAUUCAUUAAUAUAAGUCUGUUAAGUGUAUGCAUUAAGCUAUUUUAUUUUAUUUUUAAUUCGCACCAUGUUGAAAACAGUUUGAUUUUAACUCUUGCUGUGUCCAAACCUAACAGUUAGAGACGUCUAUCUGUACAUACUCUGCACAUACUCAUCAUCUUACACUAAAUUAUGAAAUAUUAAGAUAAAUUACUCACGCCUAUUUUUCUUUACUAAAAAACUUUGUACUACUUCUGAUCAUGGUUAUACGUUAAUAGUAUAACUAUUGUUAUAUAAAUAGUCUAUCGAUUCUCGUGAGUUUAGCAGUGAAGAAAAACUCGUUUGUGUAGAGUAUGUUCCGUGUCUAAAUGUUAUUUUGCGAAUCUUUCUUUAUUUUUAAUGAAAAGGUUGAGGAGCUAAAACAAAAUUUUAUUACUGUAAUUAGCGUUAUUCGCAAUACCUAAUGUUAGAUAGAUAAUUACAUUUUUAGAAUAUUUUUUAAUUUAACAACUACACGUUAAUGAAUGAGAGUAUAUUAUGAUGAUGAAUCCGCUAUUUAUUUUUAUAAAUUUUAAGAAGAAAAUAUACUGAUGAUUAGCUUUUUUUAUAAUGUCGAACAGAAUAAAAGAUUUUAAAUAAGUUCUAGUUCACUUAUAAAAAGAACGCGUUGUCUGUACAAAGUACAUUCGCAUGGUGAGGUCUCUAAGGAUUUCAGUAUAUUUUUAUCUUAAACUUAUUUUACUAGUUAACGAUAAAAUUACUGCUAUAAAUACUCUGAUGUGGGUUUUCUCAUGUCACUAAAAAUGCUAUUUUUUACACAAAAAGUCCUUCUAGAAUAUAAAACAAGCUGCAAUUUGUGCAAAAAGGUUCCUUUUUAAGUGAAUCCUUGCAAAGAAGAUAGAAUGGAGUUGUUGGAAAUAAUUAAUAUUACAUUUGUCUUCCUCGACAUAAAUCAAAAGUGUGAUAAAUUACAAUUUUUCAAUCUUAUAAUAUUUAAAAAAAGUUCAUAUUAGAUUUCAACAAACACAUAGUUGAUUCGACUGAAUGUUAUGCUAUUUAAAUUAAAACAGUAUUAGAUAAUUAGAUUUAAAGGAAAUAAAUCAUGAUUUAGUAUUUUUUACAAUUUUUAAAAACUAUGGGUUGCGCCUUGCAGAAAGCUACAUUUUUUCUAACAUCAUGUUUGUAUAAGAAAACGAAUUCUAACAUUCAGAAGAAAUCUGGCAAAAUUAAAAAUGAUCUGUCUUGUUGCAACUUUCAAUAGGAUUUUUUAACGAAGUUUCUCUCUACAAAAACCAGUGAUAUCGCCGAUUCCACGCUUCAGUUGCCGGCUCGUCUUUUAUAAUGCCCCAAAUGCUAUAAAUAAUUAAUUGUAUUAUAACUUGAUUUUUACUAUCAGCAAGCUACUAUAAAUAAGACAUCGUACUACAAUAAUUGAA